GAUAACGGCGUUCUACAUUCAGCGUAUAUCGCCGUAAUUCCACUCGAAGGUCUACACGUACAUAACUGUACUCUUGAGCACCAUUCGAAGCCCGGACUCGAUACUCGCAAGAUGUACACCAUACUCACGUUGCUCGCCUGUGUGGGGGUCUCCCUGGCCGCCCAGUGCUGUGUUCCCCCACAGUGGACUUCCAUGGCCUCCUUCCUGACCGCAGUGGUCCGCAACGGGAAACCAUACUACAGCAGGGGGUUGCUGUCGAUUGGAUACGACGCUGUCCGCCACCGCAUUGGCCAGUAUGUGAGCGAGCAGAUCAACAACGGGGCGAACUCCAUGGCAAUCGGCGUCCUUUUAGACUACCAAGCGAACUUGAAAUGGGUAAAAGACGUCAAUUCGGGAAAAUGCUACAAGAUGCCUCUCAACCGGAAGUUAGAAGAUUUCGUCGGCUGCAUCUCAGAGAACGCUACCGUGGUCGGCAACAAAGACGCCUUCGGCUUCGACUCGAACGUCAUGACGCUGAACACGUACUCCAUGGACUAUCCGGGACUGCGUGUGUACACGAGUCUCACUUCCGACAGCUGUGUGCCUGUCGGCGAGACAUUCAGCGGAAGUAUCGACGGUCACUCUUUCAUCGAGAACGUCCACUACUACAACGUGUCCGCUGGCUUGUCAACCAACCCAGCUGAUGAUCCUCUUGUUGUGCCGCCCCGGGGGUGUGAGACCGCCAGCAACUUCGAUGGAAACUUUCAUUACCUCGGUUUGGACAAUAUAAUUGGCCGUCGUUCAGCGUUCAGCAUCCUCGGCUUCUAAAUCUCAUAUCAGGGUCUUUCAUUGUAAUCCAGCUUCAUUAAAUUUCCUCUUCUU